UUGGUUACCUUCAUUUUGCAAUGGCUUCGGGUUCCACAUUGUGUAUUUUGGUUGUUUUUGUGUCGAUUUUGGCUGCUUCAGUGGUAAUAGGGGAUGAAUGCAAUGAAGAUAUCAAUGCAUUUCUUCCUCUUCCUUAUGCUAAUAUGACACAUAUGGUGUGUAAGCCCAUUUGGAAUUCAUACAUAAUUCGGUACUCCCAAAGCAAAGACCAUGUUUUGACAAUUGUAUUAUCAGCAACAUACACAAGUGGAUAUGUUGCAAUGGGGUUCUCAAGAGAUGGUAUGAUGCUUAACUCAAGUGCUAUGGUUGGUUGGAUUACCCGAAAGGGUAAUCCAGUAAUUAAACAAUACUACGCCGCAGGAUUUAAGCCCUCACAGGUAAAACACGAUAAGGGUGAGUUGCCCUUGACGGGUAUUCCUCCUUUUGUCACUGUUAAUGGUGCAAAGAUUCACUUAGCAUAUCAACUCAAGUACCCGAGCCAAGUCAAAACUCAACCGAUUUUAUUGGCUUUCUCAGCCAAGUACCCAGAACACCACCUCCUAUCAGUUCACGAUGACAAGACUACCAUAUACUUGGACUUCUCCCAAGGCUCUUCAGGAUCAGGAUCAGGUUCAGAUUCAAUAACUCCUUCUAACAGUCUCCAUCGUUCAAAAACGACCCAUGGGGUAUUGGGCUUACUUGGCUGGGGUAUAAUAUUGCCAUAUGGGGCUAUUGUUGCUAGAUACUUCAAACACAAAGACCCAUUGUGGUAUUACCUGCAUAUAGCCUUUCAGUUUGUCGGGUUCAUAUUUGUUGUCGCCGCAGGAUUUGUUGGAUUAAAUAUGUAUAACAAAUUUGGUUUCCACGCACCAGCACAUAAAGGCCUCGGGGUGACUGCAAUUGUGCUAACUGUUCUCCAGGUUAUGGCAUUCUUCAUAAGGCCUAAUCAAGACAGUAAGCAUAGAUUGUAUUGGAACUGGUACCAUCAUUAUGUUGGCAGAAUUGCGCUCUUUUCUGGAGCUUUGAAUAUACUUCUAGGCAUACAACUUGCUAAUGCAGGAAGUUCAUGGAAGAUUGGUUACGGUUUUGUUCUUGCUGCAGUCAUAGUAACGUCUGUUGUCCUAGAAGUGGCAAAGAUGAAAAAACCCAAAAAGUUUUCUCCAAAUCCACCGUUCCAAAUGGAUCCGGUCCACUAGAAGUAUUCAUUAUCCACGAAAAAUGUUUAGACUGCGAGGAAAUAUUCAUUGUCCAUUUUCAGAAAAGUGAAACUUAUAAGAGCUUAAGAUUUGAUACCGAGAGGCUAAAAGCCUUUACGUUGAAUGGUUUUUCUUAAAGAUUGUUAAAGAACAGAAUUUUGUAUAUAUAGACAGAGAGUUGUUAUUUGGUCAGCCAGUAUGAGUUUGAUCAAGAGUUAAGAGAA